AUGGUUGAAGCUCAACCAUUAAAUGAAGAGGUGCAUCAAACAUUUGAUUCUAUUCAAGUAGAAGGACAAAGCAUUAUAGAGAUUGACAACGAACAAGCUUUCGCAAUCAAAGGACAUUUUGAAUUCAAAGUUGUUAGAUCAAGCUCACAAAGAUAUUCGUUGACAUGCAAUGAUGAUAGGUGUCGUUGGUGUGUGCGUGCUUUCAGAAUUAAAGACUCAACAUUAUUCAAGAUAGUAAAGCUUGAGAAAAAGUAUGACUGCUCUGUUAACACUAGGAAAGCAUAUCAAAGGCAUGCUACUUCAAAGUUGAUUAGUGGUUACAUUAUCGAUAAUCUUCGGGACCCAAGAUUUGAAGUUACACCAGCUUUUGUCAUGGCAGAGAUGCAAAAAUUGCAUGGACUAGACAUUGGAUAUCACAAGGCGUGGCGUGCUAUUCAACAUGCUUCCGCUUUAAUAAGAGGAAGUCCCGAAGAAAAUUAUGAAUUAUUGUGUUCAUACUUGUAUAUGAUGACAAGUAAAAACCCGGGAACUUAUACUAACAUAAAGAUAGACGACAACAACAGGUUUCUUUAUAUGUUUUACGCAUAUGGAUCAUCGAUAGCUGGUUGGAAUCAUUGUAGACCAGUGAUUGCUAUUGAUGCGACUUUUUUGAAGUCAAAAUAUCGUGGUGUUUUAAUGAUUUCAGUUUCAAAAGAUGCAAAUAACCAAAUUUUCCCAUUAGCCUUUGGAAUAGCAGAAUCUGAAAACAACAAUUCCUAUGAGUGGUACUUUAGUCAUCUUCGCAAUGCAAUUAGGAGCUGUGAGAAUUUGAUUUUUUUAUCAGACAGACAUCAAGCUAUUGCAAAUGGCAUUGUAAAGGUAUAUCCUGAAAGCCAUCAUGGGAUUUGCAUCUAUCAUUUGGAGCAGAACCUAAAGCGAAGAAAGGUGAAAAGUGAGGUCAUAAAACUUUUCCAAAGUGCUGCAAGAGUAUACAAGCGUAAAGAAUUUGACAUAUACAUGUUAGAUAUUGCAAAUGUAAAUAAAAAAACUUAUGACUACUUGAUGGAAGAACCACAGGAAAGAUGGGCACGUUCUUGUAGUCCACAACGAAGAUAUGACAUGCUCACAACAAAUAUAGUUGAGUCGAUGAAUUCAGUGCUAUUAGAAGCAAGGGAGCUGCCUAUACUAAGAAUGAUGGAUUUUAUUCAAGUGAAGCUACAACAUUGUUUAUGA